GAAUGACUUAAUUUUACAAAGGCAAGACGCUUACGACGUUGAGAUGGCCACCGUAAGCUUAGCCAUUGAAUUUGCUGCAAAUAAUGACAAAACGGCAAACUUUAACACAUUGCUCCUUCACGCGCUGAGUCAAAUGCGCAAGGUAUUGGGACUGGAAUUCGUGGGAGAAAUACCUAUUGCCGCUUAUAAUUCAUUAUUUCUUGUGCGAAUUUUCUCAAAGCACUUUGUUGGGAAUAUGGUACAUGACGAAAUUCAUUGUCUAUUUGAAGGUAGUGUUUCAGGGACUGAUAAUUUAUCACCGGAAGAAUGCAGAUGGGCUUCAGAAGAGCUUGUUCCAAACAAUCUCGUAAUUGAUCCAAUGGUUCUAUAUGAUUCAAGACCCAAAGCCGAACAAUUAUUAGGUGGAUUGUUAACUGUUAUACUAGAAGUGGAUCCAAUAUCAAAUGCAUCCACCUACGAGUAUUAUCAAGAAUGUUUGGACACGCUCUUGGUACUGUUUUCCACUCAAAUACACCAAUCAUCACCCGGUAAAAUUAACAGCAACUAUUUUUUGAAUAUUUUUUUAAUUCGGUUCAGUCAUUUGAGUGAUGAGCUAACGAGGCGGUUAAUGACGAAUUUUAUCGAACAGAAACCUCCACCACCUUCUUCGACAAGUGUUGUGCAUAAUGCAUAUUACUAUCUUUUUCCCACCAGAUCAUCCGCUUUUCUGCCUUCUGAUCCUCCGCCAGUAGCUGAAAGGAGUUUGUUACUAUUACUUUUGCUCGCGGCUCAAUGGAAAGUGCCAGGUCAAAAUAACAAUCGAUUUCGAAAGGGAAUUAAGUCGUUAAAAGAUGAGACUGCAAAAGGUUAUUUCGUUAUUUCCGCAUCAGGAGAUUUCGAUAUGGUUAUAUCAUUUCGUAUUCUAUACCAACUGAUUUGCCGUCAGCUACCUAAUGAAGAGCUUUGCUUGAUGCUAUAUUUGUUGAUGGUCGAGAAUGAGGAUUUCAGGGUUUACGUGCUGUCACGGUUAGAUCCGGAAAUUCUUUUACUCCAAAUAUUACGAUUAAUUUAUGAUGGAGUAGAUGGAAAAGCCAAUUAUUCUCAAAUGUAUAUCCUACUUACCAUACUUUUAUUAUUCAGUCAAGACGAAGUAUUUAACGAAAAUAUUCAAAAGAUUACCAUAUCAUACCAGCCAUGGUUUACAGAACGUUUGUUAAAGUCCAUAUCGUUAGGCGGUCUUACAUAUCUAGUUUUAAUACGCACUGUGCAAUAUAAUCUUAGUUCACAUCGUGAUGCAUAUUUUCACGUCAUUUGUCUAGCGACCUUGGCAAACUUGGGAAAUAGUAUUCAGGAUAUCCAUCCAUAUGUGGCACAACGUCUUAUUAACCUGUUUGAUAUUGUAGCAAAGAGAUAUCAGAAAUUGCAGAAAAGGGUAUGUCAAGAAGGCGAAGAUGAAAUGACCGACGACGUUUCUAUAUACGGUGACCUUGUUUGCCUGGUGUUGGAAAUAAUAAAUUCCGUGCUAUCUCGAAAGCUUAAUUCGAAUCUUGAAUUGAUUUAUUCACUACUCCAUAAAAAAGAUCUUUUUGCUCAUUUUCAGUCGCAUCCAAGGUUUUCGGAAUUAAUUUCUAAUAUCGAUAAUGUUAUAAGUUAUUUUCAUGCAAGAAUUUCUGAAUCAAAUUUGAAGUCUCCUUCAGCCGAGGAAGUGUCCGAGUUAAUAGAAACUGCCGCAAGAACUUGGCCUCCCGGUCGACUCAAAGUUGAAUUUCCUGACCUUAAGUUUCGAUAUGAAGAAGAAGCAGAUUCGCAAGAAUUUUUUUGUCCUUAUGUAUGGGCACUUAUAUAUCGUCACACUUGGAUUUAUUGGGAUGAGGACAAAAUGCAUAUUUUACGUGAUUAUAUAAUGUACGAGAAGUUGGAUGAAACUGCGACAUAA